ACAGAACUAACGGGGAAAACAGCACAAAACAAAAGGCAGAACGGGAUCUUGACAAAGUCAAUAACUUUAGUCAGGAUGUUUCCACGAACAUGGUUUUUGACAACUGAAACCCUAAACUUGUCAGCUGAACCUUUUGAGCUGAAUUUGGGAGUCAAACAUAGAAGGAAGAAUGUCUCGGACUGAAGAAGUGAACAAGAUGACUGAAAAUGUCUAUAAGGGGAUUUUGGAGCAGUUCAACCCCAGUUUAAAGAACUUUGUGAUCAUGGGGAAGCACUACGAGAAAGCCCUGACAGGAGUCACAGUGGCUGCCAAGGGCUACUUUGAUGCUCUGGUAAAACUUGGAGAACUCGCCAGCGACAGCCAAGGCUCUAAAGAACUGGGAGACACAUUAUUUCAAAUGGCAGAAGUCCACAGACAGAUCCAAGUGCAGCUGGAAGAUGUGUUGAAGCUGUUUCACUCUGAACUAUUGGCUCAACUGGAGCAGAAGCUGGAGCUGGACAUCAAAUACCUCACAGCCACAUUGAAGAAAUACCAGGGGGAGCGCAGGUCUAAAUCAGAGUCGAUCGAGCGCUGUCAGUCUCAGCUCAAGAAACUCCGCAGGAAAAGCCAGGCCAGUCGACACCCGAACAAGUACGGAGACCGCGAGAUGCAGUUCGUGGAGCUGAUGAGUCGUCGUCAAGGGGAGUUGGACGCUCUGGUUGCCACGGGUUACAGGUCUGCGCUGACGGAGGAGAGGAGGCGAUACUGCUUCCUAGUGGACAGACAGUGCUGUGUCACGAAAAUACUCAUCAACUACCACUCAAAGGUGAAGGAGCUCCUGUCUCAGAAGUUGUCGUCGUGGCAACAGUCGUGUUCUCAGCCGACCAAACUCCCGGAGCGUGCCCUGAACCUGCUUCGCCACACGGCCCCCCAGAGCUCCACAGAGGCCCUCAGGCACAAACCGGGACAGUCCGAACAGAGGUUGUCAGUUCAGGAGGUGCCGCCUCUGCAGAACGGGGACUCAGGCCGGUCGCAACAGCAACGCUCUACCCCCUCAGCCUCUCACAGUGAUCCCACUCUGUCCCAGGACUCCCCCCAAAUCGCUCACUCCUCCUCAGAGUCCGGAGGAGCCACAGGGGAGUCGUCCUCCGGAGCAUCUCCACAGCACUGCAGCACGCCCCUCUCUGAAGGUGGGGUUGGUCCUGCUGCCUCUCCUCCUCUCAGCUCAGGAACGGGACAGCUCCUCUCCACAAACACGUCUAACCUGUCUCCGUGCCUCAUCCCGUCCACCGUCAUGCCCCUCAGCCAGGUGCCUUCGGGCUCCAGCUCCGCUCAGGGCAUGACCCUCCCCAUCUCCCAUAGCGCCCCCCACAGCCCGCCUCUGCCCCACAGCGCACCCCUCUCCAGAUCCAUGACCCCUGUGCAGCUCCUACAGGGGGCAGCAGGUCCCGCGACCAGCCUUCUGCCCUCACAUAACCCCUGGCUCCUGAGGGGGAUGGAGAUGUCUGCUACUGCCACCCUGCCUCUGCCCAGACGCCCUGGGGCGGAGAACAGACACGCAGGAUUUCAGGGCUCCACUCUGCCUCGUCUGCUCCCCCUCCUCGGCCCGACCCGAGUGGAGGCUCUGUUCGCUCACACUCCAGAACCCCAGACCGGAGUCAGCGGAGGGGCGUGUCUUCUGCCUUUUCUGCCCGGCGACAACAUCUCACUUCUGAUCUCUGAGCCGAGAGACGGGUGGCACUAUGGGCAAAACGACCGCACGGGACGAAAAGGCUGGUUCCCUUUCUCCUACACACAACCUCUUAACAGUAACAUCGACAAUACUGAGGGUUCUUUGUUGUCAUCUAAAGCCAACAGCACUAGUACUGGACAACUGGAUAAACUGUGUUCUUCUGGGCUGCCGGCUCUGACCCCGGAGUCUGAGGAGGAGCGACCUGUUCCUCCAAGAAUCAGCACGUUUCGCCCGCGGCCGUACAGCAUCGCCGAGGGCAACAAGAUUUCUGCAGCACUGGGCCCACCACCUCCAUCACCAACCAGGCCAAAUCCGUUUGCCCACAUCCGACUCAGAAAAACUGUUACCAACGACCGCUCUGCUCCCAUCAUUGAGUGAGUCAUUCACUUCAACAGAAACAUCCAACAGGUUUUUCCUCAGCGCUACCCCAGUCAAGUCCUGGAAAUAUUUGACCUUUUUGUUUUACAAUUGUUGAUUAAACUGUAUUUUUAAAAUCUGUCAGAUGCAAACGUGAUAACACAACUGAUUUUGCUUUCAUAGCAAAUAGAUUGAGAAUACUAUGUAAAAAUAGAUUUAAAAAAAUAUUUUGUUGACAUAUUUUCAGCUUUUGUAGUCUAAAUUUGCAGAUCCUGUUUUUGAUUUCAGAUUUUUUUUUCUAGGUGACAUAGGGACUGGUUCCAAAAAGUGCUAAAUGUAGAUAUUAUAAUGAUCUGAAGAGGACAGGCUCCUACUUCAUAAAUAUUAUAUAUACACACCAGUAAAAAGCCUCAUCGUCCAGCCCAUUUCUUAACUAUUAGAUUGCUGUAACAAAUUAAUUUCUGUACAUUACAAAUUUACAUAAAGGCUAUGUGUAAAAAUAUAUCAGUAAAUGAAUGUUUACUUAAUCCUAUCUAUAAUAUUAAAUAUAGUGGUCAUAUUGAUUGUAUAGAGUUCACGCAGGGAAGUUGACAGGGCCCCAGGGUCUUAGGGGCUCAGAAUUGGAACCUCUGCCUAUUAAUUUAUAUUAGAGGGGGGGCCCAUGUGAGCCUUCAUGCCCCGGGCCCCCAAGUUUCUGUCGACCGGCAUGAGUUCAAGUGUGACACUUGAACUUGAAUUUUGCUGUAAACAUUUAGUAUGAAUCUCCAUGUUAACUUCAAUUUUAAAACUGUAACAACCUGUCCUCAGUGUGUGCCACAGCAGUCACUGGAUUCUGAUCUAUUCUGAUGUUACUAAUGAUCUCUUGAAAGUUUUUUUGAUGAAGAAAAUGGUUUUUGAAAGACGAUUGUAAAGGAAGGUUCUGUAAAAAAAACAAAAAAAAAAGUCUUGUGGGGACUCAGAUUUGAAGAAAAUAAAGCAUAAGAGAUGCCAUUUGAAUGUGAUUGAGAAAGUAAAUGGGAAGUGAAAUUUAUGGAUGGACAGUUCAUAACUUACAUUAUAUUAAAAUGUAGGUAAUGCUUUGUCUUGAGCUGUGAAAUCAGAUAAUGGAUAUUCCUGAUUAAAUGUGUAUUACUAUUAUGUAUAAAAUGUAUGAGCCGUACAAAAUGUCUUCAAAUAAACUAUAACAAUGUG